UUUCAAGAAGAUCUCUUUGCAGCUCUGCGCAACGCCUGGGCCAUAGACUAUCGCGACUAUCUUAAAAGUUUCGAGAGCGAAGAUGCUCUCGUUUCCAUGGGCGACAUGGGUUUCUCAGGGUCCACCUUCUUCAGGACGUCGGACGGACGAUACUUGGUGAAGUCUGUCCCUAGGCAAUUCGAAUACAGCUUCUUCAAGGAUGACCUAUUGCGUCCCUAUGCAGACUACAUGCAACGCACUGAGACGAGUCUGCUGGUUCGCAUCACUGACUUCCUGCAGCCUGUGUCACAUACCAUUGGUACAGCGCUGGGGACGGCUCCCAGCCACCAACUUGUCAUGGAGAACAUCCUGUACGGGCAGGACAAGCAUGACGAGCAGGAUCAUGAGGGCAAGCAGAAGUGGGAAAGCUGGGACUUGAAACCCAUGAGCUACUUCUACCCCGAGCGCGACGUCGCGGGAGGCGCUCUGACUAGCGACGAGACCAAGAGUAAGCUCGCGGACGAGUUUCACGACAAGCUCGUCCUCUCCCUAGACGAUGCUGAGGACUUCAAGGCGCAGCUUGAGAAAGAUACAAAGCUCCUUGCCGACUGUAACGCCGUUGAUUACUCCCUCUUCCUGGUUCGGAUUCCAAUCGAGGCAACAGAAGGUGGCGCUGCACCUCCUCCGGAACCACCUUUUGCCCCUCCUUCUCCACCGAGCUGGAGGACAGGCGUCUCAUCGGCCGACGGAAAUUAUGCGUAUCGCGCGGCAGUACUUGACUUUUUCUGGGCCAAGCACAAGACACAAGCCCUGGCAAUGACCGGCUUGAUCAAUGCCUACAAUGCAGUCGAUAGGCAGGGCCCAAUGAGCAUUACCACGGACGCACCGGAAUAUCGCCAGAGAUUCCUGGCGAUGUGCAAUGAAUUCGUGGAG